GCACCUGCAGCAGAAAAUCAGCUGAUUGGACAAAGUCUGGAAAACACUCCCUUUCCAUUAUUUGCUUUCUAGGCAAUGUAUGUUAAUCAUUUUCUGUUUGAUAUCAGAGCAGCAGUGAUGAAGGGAUCUGUGUCGGGGUUGGAUAAAUCCUCUGUGAAUCUGUACAGGCUUCAUGCACUGCAGAAACAUACCAGCCUCCACUGAACAUGAGUCUGGCUGCUCACGUCAGCUGUUCUAUGCUGAAUUGCUUUGGUGAAGAGGGCCCACCCAGUUUGGAGUACAUCCAGGCCAAAGACCUAUUCCCACGGAAGGAUCUGGUGAAGGAAGAGGAAGAUUUGCAGAUUCCUUUUCCAGUACUCCAGGGUGAAGGUGUGGAAUACCUAGGCCGUGCAGAUGAUGCUAUAAUCGCUAUUUCCAAUUAUAGGCUGCACAUUAAAUACCAAGAUUCUUUAAUCAAUACCUUUCUGCAGGGUGUGGACAGUGACAUCUCAGUGCCUGUACGGUUAAUUGAAGCUAUUGAGAGUCGGGACAUGUUCCAGCUUCACAUUGUCUGUAAAGAUUCGAAAGUGAUCAGGUGUCAUUUUUCUACAUUUAAGCAGUGUCAGGAAUGGCUGAAGAGAUUAAACAAAGUAAUUGCUCGUCCAACCAGACUGGAAGAUUUGUUUGCCUUUGCAUAUCAUGCUUGGUGCAUGGGAAUCUGUGCUGAUGAGGAAGAUCAGCAUGUGCAUCUCUGUCACCCUGGUGACCAUGUCUGCCACCGAUUUGAGAUGGAGGUGGAGAGAAUGCGUUUUGAUCUGCAAAAUGUCUGGAGAGUCAGUGAAGUGAACUGCAAUUACAAGUUAUGUACUAGUUACCCUCAAAAGCUGCUUGUUCCAGUGUGGAUCACAGAUAAGGAACUUGAGAGUGUUGGAACCUUCAGGUCUUGGAAAAGGAUUCCUGUGGUUGUUUACAGACACAUGCGGAAUGGUGCUGUGAUUUCACGCUGCAGUCAGCCAGAAAUUAGUUGGUGGGGUUGGAGAAACGCUAAUGAUGAAUAUCUGGUGACAUCUAUUGCGAAAGCCUGCAAUUUGGAUCGAGGAACAAAGAUAAAUGGAAAGGGCAAGAACGAGGGAACUGAUCUAUCUGAUGCAGAAUUUGAUUCAUCCAUUACAGGAUCUGUGGCAGAGAGUGGAGGAACUCCUCAGAAGUUGCUUAUUUUGGAUGCAAGGUCAUACACUGCAGCUGUAGCCAACCGCGCGAAGGGUGGAGGCUGUGAGUGUGAAGAAUAUUAUCCAAAUUGUGAAGUGAUGUUCAUGGGAAUGGCAAACAUUCAUUCAAUCAGGAAUAGCUUCCACUCACUCCGAGCUGUGUGUAGUCAAAUGCCAGACCCUGGAAAUUGGCUUUCAGCGUUGGAGAGUACCAAAUGGUUACAACAUUUAUCUGUCAUGUUGAAAGCUGCUGUGCUGGUGACAAAUAUGGUGGAUAGAGAAGGGAGACCUGUCCUGGUCCACUGUUCUGAUGGCUGGGAUCGCACUCCGCAAAUAGUGGCACUGGCCAAGAUCCUAUUGGAUCCUUAUUAUAGGACAAUUGAGGGAUUUCAGGUUCUGGUGGAAACUGAAUGGCUGGAUUUUGGUCAUAAGUUUGGUGAUCGUUGUGGUCACUCUGAAAAUCUGGAUGACCUGAGUGAACAGUGUCCAGUAUUUCUGCAGUGGUUGGACUGUGUUCAUCAGCUUUUGAAACAGUUUCCAUGUCUCUUUGAAUUCAACGAUGCAUUCCUAGUGAAGCUGGUUCAACAUACAUAUUCGUGUCUGUAUGGAACAUUCCUCUGUAAUAACAGCAGAGAGCGAGAGGCACGCAACAUCUAUAAACGUACCUGCUCCGUUUGGUCCUUAUUACGAACUGGCAACAAAAACUUCCAGAACUACCUGUAUAUCCCCAGCAGUGAAACGGUUUUACACCCAGUAUGUCAUGUUCGGGCACUUCACUUGUGGACAGCUGUUUAUCUGCCUAUUUCCUCUCCGUGCACACCCAUUGACAGUACUGAGCUCUGCCUGUCUCGAAGUGGAGUGGCAGAGGAGCGAGCUGGAAAAUCGCUGGACAGAUUACCAAAGGCACGCUCAGUGGACAAUCUUCCCUUGGCUUGUGACAGUGGAGCUCCGCUUGCAAGAACAUCCAGUGACCCUAAUAUAAACCAGCAUUGUCAGGAAGGACGCGAUUUUCCAGAACCUAGAAACCCACCCGUAUUAGUUGUACCUGAUGUGCCUGAAGUAACUCCUGAACCUGAUGGAGCAUCUGCCUCCGAACUUAAACCAGAUCAUCUGAUGGAUCCAAAAGAAACUGCACAGGAGGUUAAAGAAGAAAGUCUAGUUAAUAACCUACCUGUCAAUGCUGAAGAGGAGGAAUCGGCAGAUAACAGAAAACAACUUGAAAAAACAGCUCACGAUAGCAACCUCAAAUCAUUUAACUAUCCCAAAGACUCUCUACAAGAGAAGCCUUCAAAUAAUCUUCACCCUAUUGCAAUAGCAAACAGUGAGAUGGAGGAUAAAGCACUUGGAGUUACCGAGCAGAAUGUAAAACAACAUAAGAUUCGUGAGAAUCGACAAGGCCAGUGUGAACAAUGUGUACCAAGCUCAACUACAAAGACCAUCCCCUUAAGCACUGACCAGUCACUAGAAUAUAAUGGCAGCCCUUCUGCUUUCCAACCCCAUUUCCAUUCUAUGGGAGACAUAUUUAACGUCAAGAAAAACAUUUCAACAAUGAACAGCUCCACAGAGACAGUAACUGAGGAGAGGAUAAAGCCAGAAGGUUUAUCCCUCCCCAAGGACACGAGUUUUGGAAAAAACAAUAUGCUUGUAAAUAGACUGCAAAGUGAAGCAGAACAGUCCAGGGUUGGCCGAAUAGGAUCAGAGAGUGUGCGAACUAUUAGGAAGCCAAUUUGUCAAAGUCAUUUCAGUGACCUUUCAUUGCUAAGCUCAAAUUGGGAUAGUGUGCAGGGCUUAGUAAAAUCAGCCUACAGUGGUGACGCAAACUACAGGAGAGCCAGACUAAAUGGCUGUCAUUAUAAAAGACUAAAUAAUAAGCAGCUGAAGGUGGGUUCUGCAGUGAAUGGACAAUACCUGCUUAAGGAUGAACAAGUAGGAGCAUUUAAAAAUCUCCGACAAUCCCACCAAAUCCAUUCUAGCCUUUAUUCGUUAGGAUCAAAUGUAAAGAUCUGUGGUUUUCUCACUCACUCAUCACAUUGGAGGCAGCUUCAACAGGUUCGGCAUACUGCUACGACUGCUUUGGAGACGUGUCCGAGCUACAUCGAUGAUGAUGGAUUGCCAUUUCCUGUGGAUGCAGUUCAACAGAGGUUGCGGCAGAUUGAGGCAACUUACAAGCAGGAGGUUGAGUUGCUUCGCCGACAGGUUCACGAACUUCAAAUGAGAUUGGACAGUCAACAGUAUUGUAACUCUCCUGCGGAGAUUGACAUUGAUUAUGGGGAUGACUUUACGUGCCUGAGAGAAUCGGACGAUAGUGAUAUUGAGGAAUCUCUGUCCAUCCACAGUGAUGACCAGCGCUCGGAAGCAAGUUGGGAACCUGUGGAUAGGAAGGAAACUGAGGUAACUCGAUGGGUCCCUGAUCAUAUGGCAUCCCACUGCUUUAACUGCGACUCGGAAUUCUGGUUAGCCAAAAGGAGACAUCAUUGCAGAAACUGUGGAAAUGUGUUUUGUGCCAACUGCUGUCACCUGAAGUUACCUAUUCCAGAUCAGCAGCUAUAUGACCCUGUGCUGGUAUGCAACUCCUGCUAUGAUCAGGUUCAAGCUUGCCGUACCAGGGAGAUUAUGAAUCAGCAGCUGAAGAAGCCGAUUGCUACUGCGUCCAGUUAAAGAGACAUUCUGCCUUCCCUAACUUAUGCCGUGAAGCUUUUGUCAUCCAGGAAACUUGACACUUGGGGGUGAUCUGGGUUCCACAGAAACAAGAAAAGCAAAUUCCCAGCUGGAUAGCUGUUUGGAAGAUCAAAAAUACUGAUGUUUUAAAAAAAAAAUGCUGCUACAACAAGCUCUAGACCUGUGCACUAUGAACUUUGGAUGUGGGAGGGUAGUAGGUAGAGAAAAGAAAAAAAAAAUCCAUUUCUAACUAAUGUGCUAUUGAGGUUGGAAAUUCAUGUGUAAAGAGCUUCUGAGAUAUAAAAUGGAGACUAUGGUGUUCUGUUUCUCAACUGUUUAAAUCGCCAUUAAAACAAGCAACUUCUGUGCCUCAAUAGACAGAGUUAGAUUUGCGUAAAAUCUAAUUGUACAGUGUAAGGUAUAAGACCCUUUGAUUUCAUCAGCUGCUGAACCUGCUUUAAAGGUUGCAAAGAGACUACUGGGGUACUGUGGCAGUUUUAAGUGUCAGACAACUGAAAUUUCAUUUCACUCCACUCAGUUACUUUAACGGCUGUGUAACACAUGGCAUUUUCCCAAUCUUUACUUUAAAAAAUGAUGAAAGGCAGGUGAUUACAUGUGUGAAAUUUCUGUGAAAAGGAUGGAGGGGGACUGAUCGGUAACAUUCUACUGGUUGGUCUCAUCAGUACCAAUAUCAUACCUCCUAGAGUUUAUUAAUUCUUGCACUUUUGUCCUGUUUCUCUUGUGUUAAGUAACAAGAUAUUUUUCUUUGAACUAGAAAGUUAUUAGGCUGGAAAAAGUCCCUACAAUGACAGUCUUAAAGCUGCCAUUUAGAUGCCAUUUCAUUAUACCCCUUUAUUCUCAGACUUCUGUAAUGUUUUAAUCUUUUUUUCCACUUCCUCUUUGCUGUAAAUUACACAUUUGAUAGCAAUGGGUGUGAAAGUUCAACAUAACUUUCGAAUUAAGUGACACAUUAUAACCUCUAAAUGCUAAUUACCCAUAGCCAAUCCCCAUUAUAUUUAAGUAUUUAUGACAUGGGAUUAUAGAUAAUCAGAAUACAGGGGAAGAUAUGUUGGUUUUCUUUUCUGUGCCUUUCUUCUAGCUCUGUCUUUUCCUCUUGGAUCAUGUGUUUCCACUUUCUCUUCAUCCUCUUCCAGGACCUGGAUGGUAAAGUUUCUGUACCACUUUGAGUGUUGAUUGGGUGGGGUCUGCGGUGACUGCCUUUCCUCCACACUGAAUGGAAUGUCAUUGAGACUUCAAGGAUAACUACUUCAUUCUGGUUUUGCAGGUCCUGUGGCAGUUAAUGAGGCCAAUGUGGAACUGCAAACUCUUCCACAAAUGGAGUAGGUGGUGUCUAACAGGGUGGGUAGGUUGGUGUGCAGUUUUUUUUUAGGCAUUCUCUUCUGAAGCCAUCUUCUGCAGAGCUGUGUGUAUACAGUAGACUUGAGGUUCUCAAUACCUUCCCAAGUAUUCCCUUGUCAUUUGAGCCAUAUGGGCCAGGAAAUUCCCAGUGGUACAUUUUGCAACAUGAACUAGAACAAUAUCAGUUUCUGUAAGGGAUAUGGCAAGUGCCAAUAAUCUAUAGGCCUUUACAGUUUAUUUACAUACAGCAUGUACAAGUUGACUUUAAAAGUAUGUCUGUGGAACACAAGCCAAGUUUUAAGGUGCAAAUGAAUAUGUGAUCAACAACUUACUCAGUUCACGUUGAAAUGGAAAAGCUGAGAAAUUGUAAUAGAUCAAUAAGGUAGUUCCUGAGCCACACUUUAUUUUUGUAUCGCUGACCUUCACUAGCGUCUCCUUUCUGCUUGUUUAGCAGACUCUAUUUGUUUUAAUUUCCCAAAAUGCAAUGUGAAAUUCACAGGCCCCAUGUUAAAGUUGGGAAGGAAUCCUGCUGCUGAUAAUAAAAGUCUGUGGCAGAUUUAAAUAAUUCAGUUUUCUAUUGAUUUAUUGAGAUGCCUAACAAUUAACACACAACACAUUACUAACAAAUGUCAAAAGCAUGCAACAUCUAACAAGCAUGGCAAUCUUUUGUAUUUUAUACAGUAAAUGACUUGCUGAAAAUACACUUACAACUAUGAUAGAUUAGAUUUCACGAACCUGAAAUCUGGAGGUAGUUGCUGUGGUUUAGCUAGCAUUUAAAUAUAUUGGAUAUUUUAUCUGCAUUUCAACUGGGGCAGGUGUAUUCAAAACAAGGAUUCAUUGGGCAGAUAAAUUUUAUCUUUAGAAAAACAAUCAAAUACAAAGCAUAAUUUUAAAUUGGAUGUAUAUAACCUUGAUAUAAAAUCAUUUAGCACGUUAUCACUUGGAUUGUUGAGGAAAUAAUGAACUUCUUCCCCAACAAAGGCUAAGAUCAAUUGAAAUUUUCAAUACUGAGAUUAAUAUGUUACUGUUAGGUAAGGAAAUGAAGACAGACUGAACAAAAGCUCGUUAAUGGAAUUGAAAUAUAGACUAGCCAUGAUCUAGAGUUACAGAACAGAAUUGGAAUGCAUACCAAAAUAAAAUCUAGCUUGAAAUUAUAAUUUGUAAAUUCCUUUUUACUGUUGCUAGUUUGUUAUUCGGCAAUAU